AUGGCUGCGCAUGCAAAAGACAAUUACCUGGUGAUUGGUGGUAGCGGUUUCCUUGGUCGCCACAUCGUCGAGUCUCUGUUGGCUCGCAACGACACGGUGUCGGUAUUCGACAUCGUCCAGAGACAUCAUGAUGUCCCGUUCUACUCUGGCGACAUCAGCGAAGAGGGUCAGGUCUCAGAUGCAUUGAAGAAGAGCGGGGCGACGUGCAUCAUCCAUACCGCGUCCCCACCACAUGGAAUGGACGAUCCAGCAUUGUACUGGAAAGUCAACGUUGAUGGCACAAAGGCCGUCAUAGCCGCUGCAUUAGCGAACGGUGUAUCUAAACUGGUUUACACAAGUUCGGCCGGCGUGGUAUUCAACGGAAACAACAUUGUCGACAUCGAUGAGCGCCUUCCGCCCCCUGAAAAGGCUAUGGACGCGUAUAACGAGUCCAAGGCUAAGGCGGAGGAAAUGGUUCUAGAAGCUAACGACAAGGGUGGGUUAUAUACGGUUGCGCUCAGGCCAGCCGGUCUCUUCGGCCCCGGCGACCGUCAACUUAUUGCUGGGCUAUAUGAGGUGUAUGAGAACAACCAGACCCAUUGGCAGAUCGGCGACAACACCAACCUGUUCGACUGGACGUACAUCACAAACGCCGCUCAUGCGCACCUGCUAGCCGCGGAUCGUCUGCGCCCAAUGUCUGAGGAGGAGGUCGCAACGCUGAAGGAGGAACUUCACUACGCGCUUCCUUACAUUGGCUGCACGACCGGUGGCCGUCGCAUACCUACCUCUGCCAGCCGUCCGCUCGGGCCCUACGUCACGCCGCCUCCCGAUGCAGAGCAGAUCAGCGCGAACUGGGAAAAUCCGGACUACGUGCACGCACGCAAACCCGCCGUCCACGGACGAUUCGACCCCCUGUCCGAGGUAGCAUUGGUGCGGGAGGGUGAGAAGCAGCUGCAAGUGGCGGGGCAGGUAUUCUUCAUCACGAACGGUGAGCCGGUGUACUUCUGGGAUGUACCCCGCAUCGCAUGGUGUUUCUUCGACGAGCACUUUGGCAAGGACAAGACGAAACGCAGCGUCACUACUCUCUCCAAGGAGGUCGGCAUGGUGCUUGCGGGCGCAGCAGAGUGGUGGGCGUGGCUUACCGGCAAGCAGCCUGGUUUCACGCGAUUUAGGGUCACUUUCAGUUGCGUUUGGAGAUGCCACAACAUUGAGAAGGCACGAAGAGUUCUUGGAUAUGAGCCUCAGGUUGGCAUGGAGGAGGGCUUGAAGAAGACCCUUGAAGUAUGUUUGCUCAGCUUUCGGUGGUCUUGGUACUCAUCCAUCUUUUGCAGUGGUGGGUAGCUGAUAGGCAAAAGCCUGCCAAGGCGUAAGCCCACCAGGGAGUAGCUGCUACAUUUUCUGUUCCAUCAUAGAUAUACCCUACCUUGCUUGGUGUUUGUUUGUGUG